AAGAGUUAUUUUUUUAUAUAAUAUAUUAUGGAAUCUACAGAGCCUUCAAAUCAACAUUUAUUGAGGAACGUUUACCGCUUUUGGCGCACGAAAGAAAAUGGAGCAAAUAGCCAAGAAUACGAGAAUGGACUAGAGGAUUUGGGACGUUGUGGGACAGUUGAAGAGUUUUACAGUAUUUAUUGUUAUCUUCCGGUGAUUGGCACGGAGCAGGCUACGAACUACUCGUUAUUUCGGGAGGGUAUCGAGCCCCUGUGGGAAGAUCCGGCGAAUAGCCAGGGAGGUCGUACAAUCUUAUUAAUCAAUGGUACGGAACUCGCUCCAAUGUUGUGGGAGAAGCUAUUGUUAUUCACGAUAUCUGAGUCAUUUAACGUGGGCGAUGAAAUCUGCGGAGUUUCUGUGACUGUGAAAACAGACGUGACAUCGCUCUGUGUAUGGAAUCGGAAUUCGUCUCUUCGCCGAACAGUCGAUGAAAUAGAAAUCGGACUGCGGAACGGGCUGGCGCUACCGAACACCGUUCGAGUUCAUUACAAGCCGAACCGCUCUGCGAUGGCGAACGCGACGAAGAACGCGCGAAAGGGCGGGUUCAAUCCACAGCAAGAGAACAAGAAGGGGAAGUACAAGCAGUCGAAUCGUUUUUCCGGGUUAAAUGAGGAUAGUUGA